CUUUAAACAAUACCUUUUUCCACACUUGUCUUAACAAGUAAGCAUCAGUGUUCUAUAAAAAACAAUGCAUACUGAUUCCAAGAAAUUCAGGAGUGUAUUUGAGCAUUAAAACAUAGGAAAGAUGCACUCACCUUGUGUGAAGGAGGCAACUCAGUUGUGUUUUCACGGUUGUUAUCCAACUCCCAUCCUGAGAGUGUCUGAGCCUGAGCAGCCUAUUGCAAAGACGACAAGCACAUCUGCAGCUUGUCGUCGUAACUUUGCCAUCACAACGGCGUCCUCGUUCUUCCCCAAUACCCACUUCACCAACCAUGAAUCCAUCCCUUCUUUGCAAGAAUCAUUUGUUCAGUUCAUCAAAACUUAUCCCAAGUACUCGGAUACUGCUCCAGUUGAUCAGAUACGAGCUCGAGAAUAUGGUGAGCUCUCACUUUCAAACCAUGUUUGUCUUGAUUACAUUGGCGUCGGUCUAUUUUCACAAUCACAGGUUAAGUCCAAGAAUGCCUCUGAUACCUCAUCUGAUUUCCCAUUGUUUGGCAUAACUUUUAAGUCGGCGAGUCUCAAGUCGCAGCUCCUACAUGGUGGAGAUGGAUCAGAACUAGAAUCUGGAAUCAAGAACAGGAUUAUGGAUUUCCUGAACAUUUCUCAAAAUGAUUAUUGUAUGGUGUUCACAGCGAAUAGAUCAUCGGCUUUCAAACUUGUAGCGGAAUCAUACCCCUUCCAAUCUAGUCGAAAGCUACUUACAGUUUAUGACCAUGAGAGCGAGGCGGUGGACUCCAUGAUUAGUAUGUCGGAGAAGAGAGGGGCCCGUAUCAUGGCAGCAGAGUUCAAGUGGCCGAGGCUGAGGAUUAACUCAGUAAAACUGCGGAAGAUGAUUGUGAGGAAGAAGAAGAAGAAGAAACAUAGAGGGCUAUUUGUGUUCCCUCUUCAGUCAAGAAUGACGGGAGCCAGUUAUUCAUAUCAAUGGAUGACAAUGGCAGAGGAACACGGCUGGCAUGUCUUGCUGGAUGCCUGUGCAUUGGGACCAAAAGACAUGGACAGCUUUGGCCUUUCUCUUUUCCGCCCUGAUUUCCUUGUUUGCUCUUUCUACAAAGUUUUCGGGGAAAACCCAACUGGAUUUGGAUGCCUCUUUGUAAAGAAAUCCAUUGUACCAAUGCUGGAAGAUGCAACAGGUGCAGGAAUUGUAUCCAUUACACCAGCAAAGAACUUGCUUCUCCCUGAAGAUUCUUCAGGUACAGACACAGAACUUGAACAAAUCGCUAGACUUGGGAUAAAGCAAGAAUGUGACAAUAUAUCAAACUCUACUGUUCCAUACACUGAGCAAGAUUCAACGGAUAGACAAUCUGAAGAAAAUGAGACCAGUGAUGUUUGUGAAAAGCAAUCCUGUCCAACUGAGAACAGGUCGGAACAUCCAGAACAAGUCGAAUUGAAGAAACAUAUUGUUUCAGUCCAAGAAAGGCACACAUUGACAGAAAAUGAAGGCUCAAUUAUUCAGUGCAGAUGCUUGGAUCAUGUGGAUUCGUUGGGAUUGAUGCUCGUCAAUAGCAGAGGAAGGUACUUAAUCAAUUGGCUGGUUAGUGCACUGAUGAAGCUUCAGCAUCCUAAUAGAUUGGAUAAUUUUCCCCUGGUGACAAUCUAUGGGCCAAAGGUAAAAUUUGACCGCGGACCAGCCUUGGCCUUCAAUUUAUAUGACUGGAAAGGAGAAAAGGUUGAACCCGCUCUAGUACAGAAACUAGCCGCCCGGAAUAAUAUUUCUCUCAGCCAUGGAUUGUUGCACCACAUUUGGUUCCCUGAAAAGUUUGAAGGAGAGAAGCAGAGAAUAUUAGAGACAAACAUCAAAGAGAACGAAGUGGCAAGAAGCAAAAGCAGAAAAGCGGAUCAGGGAAUCGCAGUGGUUACUGUUGCACUUACUUUCUUGGCCAACUUUGAAGACAUUUAUAGGCUCUGGGCUUUCAUAGCCCAGUUCCUGGAUGCGGACUUUGUCGAGAAGGAGAGAUGGAGAUACACAGCCCUGAAUCAAAAGACUAUAGAAGUGUAAACACAAAGCCUGAUUGCUAUCAGCUCAAACUGUAAUCUUCCAAAUCUUUGAGGUGUUGACAAUGCAAUUUUUGUUUCAACAUAUAUAUUUAUCUUUCAUUGUUGAUAAA